AUGCCGCCAGAAACCAUCAUAAUAACAGGCGCAUCCUCCGGUCUCGGUCUCGCAUUUGUUCAACACUAUGCCUCCCUACCAACACCACCAAACAUAAUAGCCAUAGACAACCAGCCAUUCCCUCCUCAGAUCGCCGAACAGUAUGGAACCACCAUCCACUUCCACCAACUCGACAUCACCUCAGCGCAAAAAGUCCAAGAUCUCGCCUCCACCCUGGAGUCUACCCCUGUAAUUCUCAUCCUCCACUGCGCCGGCAUCAGAGGACUCGUUCCGGGAAUCGUCGCCCAGCAGAAACAGGGCGACAAAGAUGUUGCAGCGACCGAGACGCUAGAGGCCAUGGAUCACGCAACUAUGAUGCGGACGUUUGAGAUCAACACUUGGGGCACUCUCAAUAUCAUAAGAGCGUUCUUACCACAGCUCCGACUUGGCGUCGCUGGAAUCUCAUCGAAACCCAAAGUCGUCAUCUUAUCCUCCCGGAUGGGAUCCAUUUCCGCCAACACUGCGGGCGGCGGGUACGCGUACCGAGCCAGUAAAGCGGCGCUAAAUGCGGUGGUGAAGAGUCUUACCAUCGAUGUACCCGAUAGUGGAAAGAGGAAGGGGCGAUUGGGGUGGAGGAGAGUGUGA